AUGGGGAAUGGGAAUGGAAUGGGAAUGGAGUAUGGAGUACUAGGAAUGGAGUUUGAAACAGAAGACAAAGCCUACACUUUUUAUAAUACAUAUGCAUUCUAUUUUGGGUUUAGUGUGAGAAAAAAUACUCGUGAUGCCGCCGAUGUCAAGUCUCACCGUGCAGAAACAAGGUUCGAGUGUCUAGCUAGGAUGAAAAUCAGUUGUGUUUCAAAUGGUGAUAUGUAUCGUGUCAUUGAGUUUAUUCCUAAUCAUACACAUGUUACAUCUAGUCCUUCGAACACACAUCUUUUUAGAUCUCAUAGGAAAAUGAGUGCUAUAAAUAUAGCUCAAGCCGAAAUGGCGGAUAGGUCUGGAAUAAAUCCUAAAGAAACAGUAGAAUUUAUGAGUAGACAAGCAGGCGGUCGGGAACAUCUUGGAUUUAUUCCACUUGACUAUAAAAAUUAUUUGCGCACCAAGCGAACAAGAGAAAUGAAAACAGGAGAUACGGGAGGUGUAUUAGAAUAUCUGCAAAAGAAGAAAUUGACUGAUCCAAAUUUUUUCUAUGCCAUACAAGUGGAUAAAGAGGAUUUAAUAACUAAUAUAUUUUGGGUUGAUGCCAGAACGAUGGUAGACUAUGAUUAUUUUGGCGACGUGGUUUGUUUUGAUACCACUUUUAAUAAAAACAAAGAAGGAAAACCUUUUGCGAUGUUUGUUGGAGUUAACCAUCAUAAGCAAUCAGUCAUAUUUGGUGCUGCACUUCUGUAUGAUGAAACUGCAGAGACUUUUGAGUGGUUGUUUGACAUUUUUGCUAAAACCAUGUCCGGGAAGAAACCAAAGAGUAUUUUUACUGAUCAGGAUGCUGCAAUGGCAAAAGCUUUAGCAUCGGAGUGGCCGGAAACAACCCAUCGGUUAUGCAUUUGGCAUAUAUUUCAAAAUGCAGCUAAACAUCUUAGCCAUGUUUUUGAAAAAUUCGAUAACUUCGCUAAGGAAUUUAGCAACUGUGUAUAUGAUUACGAGGAGGAAAAAGAAUUUAUAGAUGCUUGGAAAAAUAUGCUUGAGAAAUAUAAGCUCCAAGAUAAUGAAUGGUUGAGCAUAUUAUUCAAUAUAAAAGAAAAAUGGGCUUUGGUUUAUGGAAGAAAUACCUUUAGUGCUGAAAUCACCACCACCCAACGAAGUGAAAGCUUGAACAGGCUAGUUGAUGAUCGUCGUUAUGAAGAGUUAAAAGCAGACUUCAAAGCAAGCCAGAGCUUCCCUGCACUUUCAUUUCCGGUAAAGAUUUUAAAACAUGCAGCAAUCGUAUAUACACAUGAGGUUUUGAAAUUAUUUCAGAAACAAUUAUGUAGAGCUCAUGAUUGUACCGUGAAUUACCUUGGCGACACUAGUACGACAGUUAGAAAAUAUGGAGUUAUUCCUCAUGCGCAAGAAUAUCACCGAACAGUCAUCUUUGAUAUGGAAAAUAAUAACAUCUCUUGUAGCUGCAGGAAAUUUGAAUUCGCAGGCAUCUUGUGUUCACAUGUUCUAAAAGUUUUGUCCCUGCACAACAUUAAAAGUAUUCCUACUCAGUACAUUUUAAAAAGGUGGACGAAAGAUGUGAAAUCCGACAGUGUAAAAAUAAGUCCAAUAGCUACCACUGUAAAUGACCCCAAAGGAGAUAUAAUAAAACGUUACAGAGAGUUGCGUAGACUACACGUUCAGUUGGCGACAAGAGCAUCAGAGUCAAGUGAAGCAUAUGAAAUUGCUUUGUCAGGAUUUAACAACACACUAGCAAAGGUUGACGACAUUCUCAGAGGAAUAACAACUAAAGAAAAUUCACAAGCAAUGUUGCCAACGACCAAUAAUCUAGAAGAGCCAAGUGUAGUUGUACCCAUCCACGGUGAUAAUGGUAAUGUGAGGGGAAUAAAAAUCAAAGAAAAAGAAGUAGGUGUUAGCUCCAAAAGGCCACAAAGCGGUUUAGAGACAUAG